AUCAGGUUGACUUGGGUCUGACAGGUGGGACCAUGUGACCGGUGUUGGGGGGACUGGACUUUGACUCUUCAGCCUCACACAAAACAGGCAGCAUUCCCAUGGCGUCCACAACGUGGCUCAGCGUCUUCGUCACCCUCGUCUUCUUCUGGUCGCCAUCAGUGGUAUCAGUCUUCCUAGAUCCAGAUGAAGCCAGCCGUGUCCUGGUGCGCACCAGGAGGUUUAACUCGGGGUGGCUGGAGGAGCUGCAGAGGGGAGAUCUGAAGAGGGAGUGUCUGGAGGAGAAGUGCUCGUAUGAAGAAGCACGAGAGGUGUUUGAGCACCCCGAGAUCACGGACGAGUUCUGGAAGACGUACAGCAUUCCAGACCGUUGUGACUCGAGUCCCUGCUUGAAUGGUGGAAGCUGCUUGGUCCAGACGACCUCGUACACCUGCCUGUGUCCGCCGCCCUUCAGCGGCCUCAACUGCGAGCUGGACGACCGGGCUGGGCCACAAACCUGCCUGCUGGAGAAUGGAGGCUGUGAGCACUUCUGUGAUGAAGACCAGUGGGGAGGAGGCCUGAACUGCUCCUGUGCAGACGGCUACCUUCUCAACGCUGAUGGGUGGAGCUGCGUGGCAAAAGACUCAAUACCAUGUGGCGUGACUCCGGUUCUUCGGGAUUCAACCCAAGCCGGGCAGAACGAUCCCCGUGCCAGGAUCGUGGGUGGGAAUGAAUGUCCCAAAGGCGAGUGUCCUUGGCAGGUGUUGCUGCUCUAUAAAGGCAAAGGUUUCUGUGGAGGAAUUCUCUUGAAACCCACAUGGAUCCUCACAGCGUCCCACUGCCUGGAGGAUGCCGAUGUCCAGUUUCUAAACGUGGUUGCAGGCGAGCACGAUACCGAGGUGACGGAGGGAACGGAGCAGGUCAUGCGGGUGGCUCAAAUCAUCAUGCACGAGCGCUAUGAAAAAACCACGGCUGACAACGAUAUUGCCCUGCUGCGCCUGUCCGCCCCCGUUGUUUACACGCCGUAUGCCGUAGCGAUCUGCCUGCCCACCAAGUCUUUGGCUGAGCGUGAGCUCUGGGCCGUGGGCACGCACACAGUGAGCGGCUGGGGCCGCAGGGCCGAGAACGGCCCCACGUCACACCUGCUGCGCCGCCUCAGGGUGCCUCGGAUCCGCACCCGGCAGUGCAUCGAGGAGAGCGGCGUGGCCCUCACCGACAACAUGUUUUGUGCUGGAUACAUCCGAGGCCAGCAGGACUCGUGUAAAGGGGACAGCGGCGGACCCCUGGUCACGCGCUACAAGAAGACUACCUUCUUGCUGGGCAUUGUGAGCUGGGGGAAGGGCUGUGCAAGACCUGGUCACUAUGGCAUCUACACGCGCGUUUCCAACUACCUCCAGUGGAUCCACAACCACACGGCCGUACCGCCGGAACUGGCAAACGCCACGCUGACGCCCUUGCACUGAAAACAUCUGGCCCGCUCAUCAAUAACCACUCUACUCUCUAAUAACUACUCUACUCUCUAAUAACUACUCUACUCUCUAAUAACUACUCUACUCUCUAAUAACCACUCUACUCUCUAAUAACUACUCUACUCUCUAAUAACUACUCUACUCUCUAAUAACUACUCUACUCUCUAAUAACCACUCUUCUCUCUGAUAACCACUCUACUCUCUGAUAACCACUCUACUCUCUGAUAACCACUCUACUCUCUGAUAACCACUCUACUCUCUAAUAACUACUCUACUCUUUAAUAACCACUCUUCUCUCUAAUAACCACUCUACUCUUUAAUAACCACUCUACUCUCUAAUAACCACUCUACUCUCUAAUAACUACUCUACUCUCUAAUAACCACUCUACUCUCUAAUAACCACUCUACUCUCUAAUAACCACUCUACUCUCUAAUAACUACUCUACUCUCUAAUAACCACUCUACUCUCUAAUAACCACUCUACUCUCUAAUAACCACUCUACUCUCUAAUAACCACUCUACUCUCUAAUAACCACUCUACUCUCUAAUAACCACUCUACUCUUUAAUAACCACUCUACUCUCUAAUAACCACUCUACUCUCUAAUAACUACUCUACUCUCUAAUAACCACUCUACUCUCUAAUAACCACUCUACUCUCUAAUAACCACUCUACUCUCUAAUAACUACUCUACUCUCUAAUAACCACUCUACUCUCUAAUAACUACUCUACUCUCUAAUAACCACUCUACUCUUUAAUAACUACUCUACUCUUUCAUAACCACUCUAUUCUCUAAUAACUACUCUACUCUUUCAUAACUACUCUACUCUCUAAUAACUACUCUACUCUCUAAUAACUACUCUACUCUUUAAUAACCACUCUUCUCUCUAAUAACUACUCUACUCUUUAAUAACCACUCUACUCUCUAAUAACCACUCUACUCUUUAAUAACCACUCUACUCUUUAAUAACCACUCUACUCUUUAAUAACCACUCUACUCUCUAAUAACUACUCUACUCUUUAAUAACUACUCUAGUCUUGACAGUUAAUACAUACAUCAUUCAGAUGUUUCUAAUGUUGGCUGCUUUGCUUUCCAAUAUCAUCAGGACAUUUUGAAAUAAUCAGAUGCAUAAUAUACAUAAUAAUAACCAUAACACUACUGCUAUGGUUCUUUCAUUCAUCAAAUGCAUUUGGCCAUAAUUGAGUCAAUUAGGGUUCCAAAUUUCAAGAAUUCAAUAGCAUGUCAAACUUUCAUGUGGGUAAUAUCUUUUGCAAUAUUGUAUAUUACUAAAAUACAUAUGCAUCUCUUUGGUCAGUGAUGCCGCCGACUUCAGCAACAACGAUGUCACUAGAGUUUGGUUUUGUUUAUUGAGCUGAUGAAAUAAAAGGAAUGUUUGUUUUGCUGAG